UUUAUUUUGAAGUUAAAGAAGACGCGUGAAUGAAAUCAUUAAAUAGGGAGUACCAAACUCGCUAUAAAAAUGCCUGAAGUAAUGAUAUCUGGCAUACCUGUUAGUUUUCCUUUCGAACCAUAUGAAGUGCAAAGAGCGUAUAUGGAAAAGGUGAUUGAAAGUUUACAAAACAAUACGAAUGCUUUGUUGGAGUCACCGACUGGAACGGGAAAGACUCUGAGCUUGCUGUGUUCUUCACUGGCCUGGUUAUUAGUGAAAAAAGCUCAACUCCAAAUGAAUGCACAGGUCGGUAAUUUCUCGGAGCACAGCGGUGGCGGCUUCAGUGGUAAUUUGAAGGAAAGUUUAAAGGCUAGUGGCAAAUCUAAAGAUAACACAUCAUGGGGCAUGCCGAAAAUAAUUUAUUCGUCACGAACACAUUCGCAGUUAACACAGGCGAUGCAGGAAUUAAAACGAUCAAGUUAUCGACAUGUAAAAGCAGCUGUGUUAGGAUCGAGAGAUCAGAUGUGUAUUCAUCCAGAAGUUUCUAAAGAAACAAACAAUAUGAACAAAGUGCACAUGUGUCAACUCAAAGUGAAAUCUAGGACCUGCUUCUUCUAUAACAAUGUUGAAUCAAAGAAGGAAGACCGAUCAAUUAAAGGAGAUGAUAUCUUAGACAUUGAAGAUUUAGUUGGUGUGGGUAAGAAGUUAAAAUGUUGUCCUUAUUAUUUAUCCAAAGAACUUAAACAAGAUGCUGAUAUAAUAUUUAUGCCAUACAAUUACAUAUUAGAUCCAAAAUCAAGGAAAGCUAAUGGUGUUGAACUAAUGAAUAAUAUUGUGAUUUUGGAUGAAGCUCAUAAUGUUGAGAAAAUGUGUGAGGAAUCAGCUUCAUUACAGAUCCGCACAACUGAUGUUGCUUUAUGUAUAGAUGAAAUAACAUAUGUUAUGAAAAGUUUUGUUGAGAACAACGAGGAAAUCGACGCAACACUUGACAAUACUACACCUAAAGAUUUUACUUGUGAUGAUUUGUGUAUUUUGAAAGAAAUGAUGUUAGCAUUAGAGAAAGCUAUAGAUGAUAUUAGUGUCGGUAGUGAAGGUACCACAUAUCCUGGUAGUUUUAUAUUUGAGCUUCUAUCAAAAGCUGAGAUCAAAGAUCAUAACCAAAUGACAGUCAUCACUUUAAUAGAGAAUCUUAUUCAAUAUCUGUCCACAGCAAAUGCAUCCCCAUUUCAACGGAAAGGUGUCGGCUUACAGAAAAUUGUAGAUUUGUUAAAUGUUGUAUAUAGUGGUACCACACAUGCUUACAAAGAGCGUGUGAAAUUAUGUUACAAAGUACAUAUAAGUGUGGAAGAUAAAAAGAACAAAAAGUCCGAUAGCUGGGGUGCUUUAAAGGCCACUAGUACUAAAACAAGUGAACGAGUGCUCAGCUAUUGGUGCUUCAGUCCUGGAUUCGGUAUGAAACAAUUAUUGGAACAAAAUGUAAAAAGUAUUAUUUUAACUAGUGGAACUCUUGCUCCAUUAAAACCUUUAAUUUCUGAAUUAGGAAUACCAAUAGGUGUUCUAUUAGAGAAUCCACAUAUUGUGAAAGCUAAUCAAAUUUGUGUUAAGAUCAUUGGCCAAGGUCCAGAUGGUACACCGCUCAACUCAAACUACCAAAAUAGAGAUAAUCCAAAAUAUAUUUCAUCCUUAGGUCGAACAAUUUUAAGUUUCUGCCGUGUUGUACCUGACGGAGUUUUAGUUUUCUUUCCAUCUUAUCCAAUUAUGUCCAAAUGUCAAGAGAUGUGGCAAAACGAUGGAAUCUGGUCCGGUAUCAACAACAUAAAACCAAUAUUUGUUGAACCACAACGAAAGGACACAUUUAAUGCUAUUAUAAAUGAUUUCUAUAGUAAAAUAAGUGAUCCCAAUACCAAAGGGGCUUGUUUUAUGGCUGUUUGUAGGGGUAAGGUAUCGGAAGGUUUAGAUUUUGCUGACAUGAAUGGAAGGGCUGUUAUAAUAACAGGACUUCCAUUUCCACCAUUGAAAGACCCACGAAUCAUUCUUAAGAAAAAGUACCUUGAAGAACUCAGAGUACAAAACAAGGAUUACUUAUCGGGGGAUGAAUGGUACGCUUUAGAAGCAACGAGAGCUGUUAAUCAAGCUAUUGGUAGAGUUAUCAGACACAAAAAUGAUUAUGGAGCUAUAUUACUUUGUGAUGGUAGAUUCAACAGUCCAAAGUUAAAAAAUCAGCUGUCUGCUUGGCUCAGAGAUUAUAUAAACUUAUCAAACAAAUUUGGAGAAACUGUGAGCGAGAUUUGCAGAUUUUUUAAGAAUGCUGAAACAUCUUUGCCAGCCCCAAGAUUAAAACCACUGCUACCUUAUGAGAGUAAUGUUAAUUACAAAGAAAGUAAUGCAGCAUCUAGUGGUGUUUCAUUUCCAUUGGCAAACACGAGAAUUAUCAAUAAAAAUCCCCAAAAGAAAUCAGUAAGUCAAUAUCCGAACUCUAAUGAAGUGUAUGCAGAUUUUUCAAUGGACUUUUAUAAAAAUGCUCAAGCGUCAAAUUAUCUAAAUGAAUUUCGACCGAAGGAAACUAAAGAUCUUUUCAGUGCAUUAGACUGCAGUAAUGAUUCAGUCAAAACUGAACAACAACCAUUAGUGACAAUACAUAAAAGAAAUGCUGAGGAAGUAAGUCUAAAUGCUGUUGCUAAAAAGAAAAAGUUAAAAAUCAAAGCAUUUGGUUUUGAGGAGAACCUUAUAAAGAGUAAUGACAGUAGUAAUAUAGAAAGGGUUGCUCCUGAAUCUUUGAUUGAUUUUGUUAAAGAAAUGAAAGUACUUUUAGACGGGGAGAAAUAUAAACAAUUUCAAGUCUCAAUAUCGGCAUACAAGAAAGAAGGGAAUUAUACCAAGUUAUUGGAGACGUUGAUCAUUUUGCUUGAAAAUAAAAAGCUAUUUUAUUUAUUUAAAGGAAUGAAAAGAUUUCUAAAGGAGGAACAUAAGCUUGAAUUUCAGAAAUAUUGUGAUGAUGUUAAAUUAGAUAGGUGA